AUGGGAGGUGCGGUGACGAAAUCUGAAUCUUUGCAAAAAGAAUGGGUUCCAGAGACAAAGCUCGAGGCUAAGAUCAUAGAAGCCGUGCAACGCAGGGCAUCGAGAGGCACCACAAUGAAAUCAUUCAACAGUAUUGUUCUCAAGUUCCCCAAGAUUGAUGAAGGUCUUCGAAACUGCAAAGCUAUUUUCCAAGAAUUUGAUGAGGAUUCAAAUGGGUCGAUUGAUCACUCGGAGCUAAAGAACUGUUUCAGGAAGCUAGAGAUCUCGUUUGAGGAAGAAGAGAUUAAGGAUUUGUUCGAGGCUUGUGAUAUUAACGAGGAUAAGGGGAUUACAUUUACUGAGUUCAUUGUUCUUCUCUGCCUCGUCUAUCUUCUUAAGGACGAUUCAUCCACACUCCAAAAGAAAUGGAGGAUGGGAAUGCCCAAGUUGGAGCCAACAUUUGAGACGCUAGUGGACACAUUUGUGUUCUUGGACAACAACAAGGACGGACAUGUUAGCCGUGAAGAGAUGGUCCGAGCCAUUGAUGAAUCUGGCGAACGGUCAUCUGGUCGGAUCGCAAUGAAGAGAUUUGAGGAAAUGGACUGGGAUAAAAACGGAAUGGUGAACUUUAAAGAGUUCUUGUUCGCAUUUACGCAAUGGGUCGGGAUAGAUGAGAAUGAAGAAGACGAUGACAACAAUGAGAAGAAUGGUUAA